AUGUCUGUGUACCCAGACGGCCCUGGCCAAGCCAUAGUUGAGGUUCGGCGUUGGCAGAGACAAGGCCAACAAACCGCACAGUGGCAGAAAGAAGAUUUGGAGAAAGAAGGCUGGAGACCUCUGGGCACUUACCGAGAUGCGUCUGAUCCAGAAAAUGGCAAGGCCACAAUCUACUGGAUUGGUGACGCUAUACGGAUCUGCCACAGCAACUAUGGCCCGGUGCCCGUGAGUGAUGGCAAGAUUCUGAAGCACAAGGACGAUGUCUAUGAAGUCCAGAUUGAAGGUACGCGUGGGCGGAUCGAUGCUCGCGGCUUUCACUGUGGAGGCUACUUGAAUCCACUCAUUGCCUCUCACGAGCUGGAUUCAAGCACGACGGAUCAAUCUGCACCUCUCGUCUCCAGUGCAGACGGUGUUGAAAGUGGCACCAGCCAAGCGAAUCCCUGUGUGGAUGAUGUAGCAAUCCUCGCCGCUCAUAGUUUGGCCGUCAUUUUGGGGCCGGAUGCCUCUCUCGGGGAUGACUAUGGAGGUUGGGCCUUCACUGACAUGAAAGCACACACUGCAGAUGGAGAGAGGUCCAGAAAGCGGAAGUUGCAACAACUUCGCCGGCUGCUCUUCCUGCCCGGUGCUGGCCGUUUCUAUGCCAAAGAUGCAUACAAGGACUGGCGUAAAAAACAGAGCCCUGCCGACCGCCGCUUUCCUACCGUCGCCGAGCUCCGUGCAGAAGGCUACAUGUCAAAGCACUUUCGCCAACUAGAGGGAGAUGCUGCAGACUGUAUCCAGCAGGUGCUUCUCGAAGGCCCCGUGCCACUUGGUGUUUACCAGCACAUAGGAGUUGAGCUUCAGUGGUAUGCGCGCCUCGUGUCCUACGUGCUCAAAACGCACGCCUUCUGGGCCAAAGCCAGCAAUGUGAGGCGUCUUGACGAGGUUGCAAGCUACCUGCAGGAUGACAGUAUCUCGCUCAACGCGACUGUCAAGGGCAAGGAAGAGGAGAAGUUGGAGAAGCCCAAACGCCUGAUUCAAAAGGUUGAGCAGGAGAGAGUAAGAAGGCUCAACGAGGAGCUUAGACUUCGAGACAAGCCUUUCACGCAUCUGCAGAGGCUGAAUGCUUGGCCAGUCCCCAGAACGACUUUGGAGUUCCGAGUGCUCACAAGUCAGGUGGCCGUUCGCGAGAACGCCAAAAAGCUGAAGAACUGUGCGGCCGACUAUAUUCCAAGCAUCGUUGCCCAGAGAUCUGCGCUGGUAGGCUUGUUCGACACACGGGAUGGCAAGAACAAAAUCCUUGCGAUGGGUGAGUUAAAGUCCACCCUCGCAAAAAAAAUAGAUGUGGUAGUUACGAAGUUCGGCCAACGUGUCCGAGCAUGUAAUCAAACAUUGACAAAGCGUCAGGAGAAGUUAUUCAGACAGGCAGAGCCCCAGCUGUCCGCCAUAUGGACAGAGGCCAUCAAGAGUGAGCUGCAAGGUGUUCUGCCUCCAAGCAACAUGAACCGCACGUCACUGGACGAACUGAGCGAUCUGGCAAAGCUUCUGGCAGUAAGGAUGCUUAUAAGGACGACAACUGCAGAGGGUUGGGAUGGGGUUCUGAAAUGUUGGGGGGAGAGCUUCUUCCUUUUGGUUGAUGAGAUUACCCCACAGUUGCCGUCAGCUGUACAGUGGGAAGACCAGGUGAGAUUGACCAGAAUCGUGACCAGACUGAUGAAAGCAGAUGUCAAAGCACCAGAAGCCAGUAGCAUCUGCCAGGCCGUGUCCCCACUGGACACGAAGUCAAAAGUUUCAAUUCUGGUCUCUGACUUGCCGUUUGCGAAAUCAGAGUUGGCUGAUGCAUUGACCCCACCCUUGCUGUCAGCUGCGCAGUCGGGCGAUCAGAACCUUUUGACCAGAAUCGUGACCAGAUUGAGGAAAGCAAAUGUCAACGCACCAGAAGCCAAAAGCAUUUACCAGGCCGCGUCCCAGCUUGACACAAAGUCGAAACUUUCAAUUCUGCUCUCUGACUUGCCAUUCGCGAAAUCAGAGUUGGCUGAUGCAUUGACCCCACUACUGCUGUCAGCUGUGCAGUUGGACGAUGAGAAGCUUGUGGGCAGAAUCCUGACCAGACUGCGUGAAGCAAAUGUCAGUGCCUCAGAAAUCAGAACAAGGUCGGCAGCCUUCAUGGUUUCACAAUUUGCGGAUGAGAUGCUCAGCGGGUUGGUCCCACACUUGCUGUCAGCUGUACAGUGGGAAGACCAGGCGAGAUUGACCAGAAUCGUGACCGGACUGAUGAAAGCAGAUGUCAAAGCACCAGAAGCCAAUAGCAUCUGCCAGGCCGCGUCCCCACUGGACACGAAGUCAAAAGUUUCAAUUCUGGUCUCUGACUUGCCGUUUUCGAAGUCAGAGUUGGCUGAUGCAUUGACCCCACCACUGCUGUCAGCUGCGCAGUUGGACGAUGAGAAGCUUGUGGGCAGAAUCCUGACCAGACUGAGUGAAGCAAAUGUCAGUGCCUCAGAAAUCAGCACAAGGUUGGCAGCCUUCAUGGUUUCACAAAUGGUGGAUGAGAUGCUCAGCGAGUUGGUCCCGUAG